AUGUAGUUGUAUAACAAGUCAUAAUUUGCUAUUCUUCUCUCCAAUUUUUCAACACCCACUUAUAAUACGGCUAUUGGCAUUCUCUACCCAUUCGAAGUUCAUUCAUUCAGAUACCUAAACAAAAAUGGCAGAAACCAAGAUAAGCCUGAAGCUGUGGAUCGAAAAGAAGAGAAACCGAGUGCUGUUUGCUGAAGCAGGCAAAGACUUCGUUGAUUUCCUCUUAGAAACUUUUACAUUGCCGGUCGUAACUGUCACUAGGUUCCUGAAAAAUGAAGACAUGGCAGGUUGCUUGCAGAGCCUGUACGAGAGCGUCGAAAACCUAAGCGAUACUUUCAUCCAGGGAGGAGUAAGCAAAGACUUUGUGUUGAAGCCCAAAGUAGUAACAUCUGGUGCUACAGACUCCCUCCUCUUGCCAAAUGUCGAGUCCUACGCAUUCAGCAAAUUCUAUCUGUGUCGGUACUGCGUAUACAAUGGUACUUGCUCGAUCAACACUGGCGGCGACCGCUGUGAAACAUGCAGUGAAUCAUCAUCACUGUCCGAGUUCUCAGUCAAUGAGGUAAUAUUAAAAGCAAAAAUGGAGAGUCGUAAACUCAACUUCGUGAAAGAGAGCGUGCCAUACAUGGUGAUGGAUGAUCUGAAGGUGAAGCCCAUGUCCGCCAACACUUUCAUUACUCUGCUCAAUGAGUAUAAUCUCAAGGAGGUAGGUGCGAUUGAAGAGAAAGUGGUCGCUUUGGGCAUGGAUGAGAGUGUGAAGUUGCUCAAAGCUGCUCUGCAAUCCAAGACUGCACUCACUGAUGUGUUCUUGCCGAGACCAUCCGAAACUGAGGAGUCGUCAAGCAAAACGAGUGGGACUUCUGAAGGGCCAAAUGAAGGCAGCUCUGUAUUUCUGCCCGAUUGAUCUUUACCUGCAAGAAUUGUUCGUCCGAAAGAAGUAUCUGAGAAGACUUUUAAGUUUUUGAGAAGACUUCAUUUAAAGAUUGUACGAACCGGUGGAAACAACUAUUAUCGAUUUGGAACCAUAUAAAACGAGGAAUAAGAGACAGAUCCUUUGUUAACUAGGAAAUGGAAUGUCCGUUGCUAAACUCUCUCUAGGAGCUACUUUGGUUGAACCUUGAUGAAUGCUUGCUAUUAAACGGAAGGUGUGUUGUAUUGUUUUUACUUAUCUAUAUUUUUGAGAUGUUUUUAAACAUGUGUGUUUUGCAUUGUAUUAAUUGUGGAUUGUUGUAGUUUGCAUGCUUAA